UGAGUUCAUCAAAAUAAGUAGUUUAAUUUGCAAAAGCUAUGGCUCAUAAACUCUUGUUAUUCUCCACCAUUCCUCUCUUUUUCAUCUUCUGUUUGCCACCCCUUGUUUCAUCCUUUCCUUCAGCUGGCCGGUUUGGCUUUGGCACGUAUGAUUUCUAUGCUCGAUCAUGCCCCUAUUUGCCAAUGAUUGUUACAAAUAAUGUUCAGACGGCUAUCAGGAACGACAACCGGAUGGCUGCAUCCCUUCUUCGGUUGCACUUCCAUGAUUGUUUUGUGAAUGGUUGUGAUGCCUCAAUUCUUCUUGAUGACACUGAUAAAUUAGAGGGAGAAAAAAAUGCUUUACCUAAUCGGAAUUCAGUUCGCGGCUAUGAAGUCAUCGACAGUAUAAAGGCAGACGUUGAAAAAGCCUGCCCAUCAACCGUUUCAUGUGUUGAUAUAUUGGCUCUUGCAGCUAGAGAGGCUGUUGUUCAGUCUGGAGGACCCUUCUGGCCAGUUCAAUUAGGCCGACGAGAUGGAUUAACUGCAAAUAAAGCAGCAGCUAAUUCAGAACUACCAUCCCCUAUUGAGCCUCUGAAAAACAUCACCGCCAAGUUCAUUGCAAAGGGUCUUGACAUAAAGGAUGUUGCUGUCCUCUCAGGAGCACAUACUGUAGGUUUUGCUCAAUGCUUCACCUUCAAGCAUAGACUUUUUAACUACAAAGGCACUGGGCAGCCUGAUCCUGCACUUGAUUCCUUUGUACUUCCAAAUUUACAAAGCAUAUGUCCAAAUCAAGAUUCAUCAAACACCAAUCUUUCUCCUCUCGACACCGCGAGCGUUUACCGAUUCGAUAAUGGAUAUUACACAAACCUCAUGCAGAGCAGAGGGCUUCUUGAAUCUGAUCAGGCAUUAAUGGGGGACUCAACAACUGCUGCAUUGGUUAGGGCUUAUAGUAUGAACCCAUAUCUUUUCUCCAGUGAUUUUGGUGUAUCAAUGGCGAAGAUGGGAAACAUUGGUGUGCUCACUGGGCAAGAUGGGGAGAUCAGGAAGGUUUGUAGGUCUGUAAAUAACUGAGAUGGGAAGAAUAGACUGUUGGUUUUGAUGGAAUUCGUGAAGUUUGAUCUAUGCAGGCCAUUAGCAUAUAAAUAAUCUGCUUCUGGUGUGUGCAAUAGCUUAUGUUGUCAUUGCUCAGAAAAAGUUAUUGCCUUCAGAAUUUGUUUUUGAAGUUUGAAUUCACUUAACUAGCUAGACACAUUUUUGAAUGAAUA